AUGGAGAAUUGUUACAGUAACCAUAUUCAUUUUGUAAUUUUUUUCUUUCUUUCUUUGAGUUCAUUCUUUCUUUCAGUCAGUCCUUUCUUUCUUUUUUCUGUUUCUAUCAAUCCUUUAUUUCUAUGUUUUUUGUCUUUCUUUCUGUCAUUAUUUCUUUCUUUCUUUCUUUCUUUCUUUUUUUUCUUUCUUUCUCUGAUCUUUUCUUUCUUUCUUUCUUUCUUUCUUUCUUUCUUUCUUUCUUUUUUCUCUGUUUCUGUCAAUCCUUUCUUUCUUUUUUCUUUGAGUUCUUUCCCAUCUAUCAGUUCUUUCUUUCUGCCAGUUAUUUCUUUCUUUCUUUCUUUCUUUCUUUUUUUUCUUUCUUUCUCUGAUCUUUUCUUUCUUUCUUUCUUUCUUUCUUUCUUUCUUUCUUUCUUUCUUUCUUUUUUCUCUGUUUCUGUCAAUCCUUUCUUUCUUUUUUCUUUGAGUUCUUUCCCAUCUAUCAGUUCUUUCUUUCUGCCAGUUAUUUCUUUCUUUCUUUCCAAUUUCAUCUUUGAAAAUAAAAAAAAGUUGUUGAGAUUCUUUCUGUCUUUCUUUUUUCUUUUUUUCUUUCUAUCUUUCUUCUUUCUUUCUUUUUCUUUCUUUCUUUUUUUUCUUUCUUUCUUUCUUUUGUUCUCUCUGUCUCAGUUUCUUUCUUCCCUUAUUUUAUACUUCUUUUUCGCAUUUGUCUUUUCUCCGGCUUCCCUUUCUUGUUUCUUUUCUCUUCUUCUUCCGUUUCAUAAUUUGCCCAUUCUCUUUUUCAUUUCCUCUCCCGUUUUCUCUUAUUUUCUUUUUCUCUCUUUCUUUUCUUUUCUCUUCUCUGUUAUGUUCAAUCUUUUAGCUGCUCUUUUUCUUCCCCCACCCCGUCUUCCUCUUCUGUCUUUUUCUCUCUUUCUUUUCACAUCCUCUCACGUUUUCUAUUUUUCACGCCCGCAUUCUCCGUUUUUUCCUCUUUUUUUUUCUUUUCUUUUCUUUUCCUUCUCCUUUCUCGCAUUUUCUGUCAUUUUUCUCUUUUUAUUUUUCCCCUUCAUCAACUUUUUUUUUCUUUCGUUUCCAACUUUCUCUAUCUCUCUCUCCUCUUCCUCCUCCUCCUCUUCCUACACCUCCUCUUCCUACUCCUCCUACUUUUUCGUCUCUUUCUUACCUUCUGUCUUUUCUCUACUUUUCUCUGUUCCCGUCUCCCUUUUAUAUUUGCUUUUGCUUUUGCUUCAUCUAAUUCUCUUUCUUUCUCUCUCUUUCUUUCUCUCUCUUUCUUUCUCUCUCUUUCUUUCUCUCUCUUUCGUUUCCUAUUAUUUUCUUUAG